AUGAAGUUUAACGCCAUCUUUCUCGCUCUGGCUAGCUCGGCCCUGGGUGCCCCCCGCCCCCAGACUUUUGACGUCCUAAGCCUCCGAUCUGGCAGCCCUGUCCUUCACUACAACUCCAUCAGCGCCUCAAAGGGCAUCUUGCUGCUCAAUCUUUCCAAGCAAGACGUCAAAUGCAGUGGCGCUAUCACCCGAGCCACCUUCUACCUCGAGGGCUCCCAGCUGUUCCUGUACUCGGACGGUGGCAAGCCUCAGCAGGUUUAUGCUGAUCGGUCGGCAAUGGGCCGUGGCCAUAUUGGCUACACCAGAGAUGGUGGCGGCCCCCCUCGUAACGGCGAACUAGAAGGCUGGUCGAUCGAUGCCACCGGGAAUCUCCUUUUCGAUGGCAAGAACCUCCAGGCUUGCAAUUACGACAUAGACGGUCCUUGGAAUAUCUUUGUCGGUGGUGUUGAGAAUGUUGAUAAGAAGACGUGCGUAGAGUUUGUGUCGAGGACUAUCACUAACGAAACGCCUGUCUCCUGUAUUUACAGCUAA